AUCAAGCCGAGACUAGAUGGUGAUGGUGAUGAAAUGGGCUUGGGUGGCAGUGCAUGUGAAAUACCUUGACCUCUUGACCUUCAUCAUCCACGACGACGACGUUAUCACCAGCUUCAAUGGACUCGCCAACUAACCAUGGUACGGCGUCUCCACCCAACGAUGCGCACCCGACGGCCACUGAGCAGCUACCACUUGCCACUGAGGCUGCUGCACAGUUGACACCAUCAAUGAGAGACGCGCCUGUGAACCCCCAGGUCGUCGAGCUCCGGGCUAUGUUUCCUGACUUUGAUGACACUGUUCUGCAGUCAGUAUUGGACUCUGUCUACGGUGAUCAAGGUCGCGCAAUAGACGCGUUGCUCGGUAUGAGCGAUCCCGAAUACAAGGAUGAACCUCGAUCUGUCGAGCGUGUCAUGACCCAAACUGAACUAGAUGAACAAUUGGCUCGCAGACUCUUACUUGAGGACCAGCAGCAGCAACAAGCUGCGUGGCAGUCGCAGCAACCCCAAUGGCAACAGCCUAUUCCCGUGCGACGUCAGUCGCAGCCCGUUCCCGAGAAAGACACUAUGGCUGAGCUGGGGGAACAGUUCAAUAAGUUUGCCGAAUCUGGAAAGAAGACUCUUGGAAGUUUGUUCUCUAAGGUUAAGGCUAAGAUAUCGGAGAUGGAUCAAUCGCGGCAGAAUAACAAUGCAGCAUCCUCAUCGGCUUCUCAGCAGUCUUGGACUGCAGGUGGGAAUGCCUAUUCGUACGAUGACAGCCACGGAUCUGGACAGCAAGCAUCAUACUACGAUCCUAACCCUCCUCCGAUUAAUGACACUAACAAGCCCGCUUCUCCUUCGCCUGUACCUGCCCAAGUUAGAGGCUACGACUUGACACCAAGUCCGAAAGAGGAAACAGUUCCUAGACCCCCUUCCGCUGGUCAGGGUAUGCCUAUCGAUGGAGGGAAACUGGGUCUUCUGCCUAAGCGGCCCGUCUCUCUGUUUCGAACUUCAACUCCGCCAGUAGACGGUCAGCUUGGACCUCCUACAAAGAUAGAGUCAGAUAACGACCAUGACCUUGAAUACGUCGAGAAUCCUUUCGAGGAUGGAAGGAAAUAAUUAUAACGGGGAGCGGUGGACGUCAUAUGUGUUUAAGUAUUCUUUUGACUUUGUUACGUUGUAUAUCAUGAUCUCAGUAUAUUCACGAUUAAAGGAUUGGAAGCAGCAGCGAAUUAUUAUGCAUUGGAUAUAUCGGUAUCUAGUUCCGUCGAAAAUCAAUGUACAAAGGGUGAG